GUGGCCAUCACUAGUUCUGGAAAAUUAGAACCUUUCUGUCGUGGGGCAACGCUGGCUGCGUUUUUAUUUUUUUUUGUAAAAAGUGUUUUGCCGUUUUGUUGUUAUUCCUAAUUUACAAUGAUUGCAACGAAAAACUGUUAAUUAAAUGUGCUCUAACCGCACCUGUGAUGUAAAGACAGCGGUAACCCUACUGAAUGGCCGGCGAAACGAAUGCGAAACGGGUGCUCCCAUGUAGCACCCCCCCACCACUGCUGCGGGCGUCCUCCACGGCCGUCCCCACCUCCUACUCCUCCUCCUCCUCCUCCACGGCCAGGGCGGUGCUCCUUUUUGGUCUCCAAUUGGUAUUGGUCCUCCUGGCGGGCGUGCAGUGGACGGAGGGCGCCGAGGGUGUGGUGUGUCCUAGGAAGUGCACCUGCCGGAACAUUUCGGAGAACAUCCAUAGCCUGCGAGUGCGCUGCGAUGAGCAGCAGUUGGCCACCUGGCGGGAACUGGACUUUGGCGAGGAUGUCCAUGGCAUCGUCAGCAUAAAUGUAAGCAAAAAUGCCAUAUCCCUGAUAACCGCCGACGACUUUCGGAACUUCACGGAACUGAAGCGACUGGAUCUCUCCUUCAAUCAACUGACGGAACUGGACAAGGACACCUUCGGCGACAGCCUGGGCCAUGUGGAGAAGCUGAAGCUGGCGGGGAACGCCAUCAGUCACAUCUACGAGGGCACCUUCGACCAAAUGCCCAAACUGAAGCAACUGGAUCUCUCGGGGAAUCCACUGGCCUGCGACUGCGGUCUCAUCUGGCUGAUAGCCUGGUCCAGUUCCCGCGAUGUACGCCUCCAGCCGCCACCCAAAUGCGACUCGCCGGUCCACUUUCGCGGCAUGCCGCUGAAGAAACUUCGGGUGGGCAUCGAUUUCCAUUGCGAGACGCUGCUCCAACCGAUCCUCAAGCUGAUGCCCAGUCAGAAUCAGGUGGCCUUCGAGGGCGAUGAACUGCAGCUGAAGUGUCAUGCGCCCAGGGUGGCCAUCGGAGUGCCCAGGGAGAGCGAAGAUCUGCCGACGAGGGCCUUCGUCUUCUGGGGCUGGUCGGAGAAGAUACGGGCCAAGAACUCCACGGAGGAUAUUGUCUACCAGGAUCCCACCAAGGUCUUUGCGGAUGUGUCAUUGGAGACGCGCCACUCCACGGACUCGGGGAUCCUCCAAUCGAUCCUCAAGAUCAGCAGCCUGACCCAGAAUCACACGGGGAUGUGGGACUGUACGCUGCGGAGCCAGCAGGCGAAUCUCUCCCAGGCCAUUGUCAUUCAUGUGGUGGCCAAGGGGACGCUCUACUGCGACGCCAAGGUGGUGCAGACCAACAAGGGCAUCUACCACUGGCCCAGAACGAUGAGAGGCGAGACAGUGGUCCAGGACUGUGUGGAGGAGCCGAGCGAUGCCAGCCAAUCCCGAAGAGCGUCCCACGAAUGCGGGCCAUCGGGCGAGUGGCUGAAUCUCGACACGGAGAGCUGUGUGUAUGUCAGCGAAACGACCCGGAUCCUGGAGCAGUUUGCGAAGGUCAAUCUGACGCUGACGAAGGGACAGAAUGCUCUGGAAAUAGCCCGCCGGCUGCACAACUUCACCCAGGCCCAGACGCAGCUGAACCGGAUCCGUGAUCCCAUGGAUCUGGAGUAUAUAGCCAGGACACUAGUGAAGUACCUUGACCAGUUGCCGGAGCAGGCACAGCAGCAGCAGCAGGAGAUCAGUCACCUCCUCAUGGACAUAGUGUCCCAGUUGUUGAAUCUACCGGUUCACUUGUUCCGCGCCGCUCAGAAGGAUCAGGGCACUGGCCAGCGACUGCUCCAUGUGGUGGAGUCGUCGGCCAUGCGUCUGGCCCUGGCCAGCACCCAGGCGAGUGGUCAGGGCCUAGAGCAGUUGCCAUGGCGGGCUGUUCCUGCCCAGCAACGGAAUCUCUUUGUCGAGUUCUUCAACAUCAGUGUGGAGGCGUUCGUCAGCCUGUCGUGCGUCUGGCUGGAGGAGAGUCCAAGGGGCUUCCAGUGCAACAAUGCCAAUGACACGAUACCCAUGUACGAGCACGGUGACAUCGAUGCCGCCAUCCAGUUGCCCUACAGCGUCCUCGGAAAUAGUUCUACCAUCGGAUCGGGAUCGGGGACUCCUCGCAGUCUCCGGCUGAUGAUAUCCCUCCACCGGAAUGGAAAACUCCUGCCCAACCUGAAGGGGAUCUUCAAUGAGUCCUUGAGCUCCGCUGUCAUUGGUGUCCUGGCGUACAAUGGCGAGGGGGAGGAGCAGCACUUCCAGACGGACAACGAACUAGAUCCCGAGGAGGAUGUCUACCAGCAGCGGGUGACGGUGAUGCUGCGGGCCCAUCCGUAUCAUGAUCCGGCGAGUGCACCGCAGCCGGCGUGGUGGGAUGCCCAGGAGCAGAGGUGGGAGACGCGAGUGUGCCAGCAGCACUACCAGCACCGGACUUUGGUCAUGUUCAGUUGCACCCGGACGGGAUACUUUGGACUGUUGCAGAGGUCGCGGUAUCUGAAUGAUUUCCGGAGCGAGGAGGCGGGCGCCAGGUUCCGGCAUCCGCCCACCGCCGUCUAUGCCGGAUGUGGACUCCUCUUCGCCUGCUGUGCCUUCAACUGUGUGACCUUUGCGGUGUUUGGGAGAGCGGUGCGGAUCAAUCGGGUGCAGCGGCAUGCUCUGGUUAACACCUGGGUGGCACUGGGCGGCCUGGCCCUGGCCUUCUCCCUGGGAAUCUAUCAGACGGCCAGCCAACCGCACUGCCGGAUCAUGGGCCUAAUGAUGCACUACCUCGGCCUGUGCGUCCUGCUGUGGGUGUGCGUGAGUCUUAGUAGCAUGUACAAGCGACUCACCAAGGGCACCACCUCCUCCUCCAGCAGCAGUCACCCCCAAUCCCAUCACCACCAGCAGCAGCAGCAGGCGGCGGAUCUCCAGGAUUCGGGCGGGAGGGAGAGGAAGCCCAUCCUUGGCAUCUACCUGGUGGGAUGGGGCAUCGCCCUGCUCAUCUGCGGGAUCAGCAGUGCCGUGAAUCUGGCCGAGUAUGCCGCCUAUGACUUCUGUUUCCUGCACAGCUCCACCACCCUGAACGCCCUCCUCGUCCCGGCGGUCAUCCUGGUCAUCUUUUGUGGGAUUCUGGCCCUCUGUAUCUACUACCAGCUCAGCCAGCAGGCGGUGAAUGUCCUCCAGCUGCACCAGAAUCAUGGCCAGAACCAGCACCAGCGCCAGUACUCGGACAACAACACCCAGGCCACGGAGCACAUCGAUCUGGACUGGCUGGACGCCAAUGGGACGACGCUGGGGACGAGUCAGGGGCGCAAGCCGGAUCACGACCAUCUCCAGGAGCAGUACAGCACCCUGAGCAAUCCCCUCAGCAGCAUCGUGGAUGACUUCGAGCGCUCCAAUCUCUCCCACCUCCGGGGACACUUCAUCUUCCUUGUUUUGUACGCCGGCGCUUGGAUGACGGCCGCCGGGUACAUUAACUCUGGCCAGGAUCUGUAUGUGAUGGGAUUCGCCGGGUGCUGCUCCUGCCUGGGACUGUUCCUGCUCGUCUUCUACAAUCUGAGCCGGAACGAUGCCCGGCAGGCGUGGACGCAGGGCGGCGAGUCGGAUGCCCUGAUGCGGAGUCGCCCCGGCAAGCUGAUGACCUACAACAACCAGACCAGGAGCUGUCUGCCCGGAGGAGGAUCGGGUGCGAUACCCACCGCCGGCACCGCCAUGAUUAGCAACUCCAUUGUGGCCUACAAGGCGAAUCCCGGCGGGGGGAGUCUCUACGAGGCGAACAACUCAGCGGGAUCCCGAUCCAAUAGCCAGUGCUCGCGGAGCAUGCGGAGUCAGACGCGGAGCCAGCAGUCGAGGAGUCAGCAGGAUCAGGUGCCCCAACUGGGAGCCACUGGGGUGACCAUUAUUAACAAUACCAGUAAUCCGGGUGGGGUAGCAGGAUCCGGAGGAGGAGGAGGAGGAGCUGGGGGAGGAGUGCCUCCGCACAGCCUCAAUGCCCUGCUCCAUGGUUCCAGCCACGAUCUGAUACCCUCCGCCGAGAUCUUCUACAACCCGAACCAGAUCAACGUGGCCCGGAAGUUCUUCAAGAAACAGAAGCGCCUCGCCAAGCGGAACAACUUCGAGCUUCAGCGCCAGACCAUGCCCCAGAUGCAGCUCCAGAUGCAGAUGCAGAUGCAGCUCCAUGGCGGUCAUAGUAGUCUCAGUGAUGCCAGUUCCGAGCAGCUCUACAGUCGCCAUCACAACGCCAUGACGCUCCUGGCGGGGGGCAGUAAGGUGAACAACACGAACCUCCAUUACAAGAACCAGGCCGGUGGGCAGAUGGAUCAUCCUGGCGGGGAUUCCUUGCAAUUUAAGCGCUUCAUCCCGGCCAGCUCCUCGCCGGCCGCCACCAAGAUCAUGCAGGCGAACAUCUAUACGAAUAUACCGGAGACCCUGACGCCGCAGCACGAGGUGAUCAAGUUGAGGGGCAACCGGACGCCAUCCCUGCUGGACGAGACCCUGCACGAGCAGGAGGACGACGAGGAGGAGGAGGAGGAGGAGGAGGAGGUUGAGGGGCAGCCGGGUCCCCUACAAGAGCAAACCAUACCCGCCGAGGAGGACGAGGAGGAGGAGGAAGUGGAGGAACUCGAAGAGGAUGCCAGUUCUUUGGAUGAACACGCCCCCUUGUAUGCCAAUACCCUGCCGCCCACUGGCCACAGUGGGAUGAACAAUCUGUUCCGGCCGAGGAACGGCCACAUCCUCAGCUCCACGCCGGUGAAGCAACCCAGCUUGGAGGCCAUGAACAGCUGCGGCCUGCCGCUGGAGGAGAUCAACCGGCAGCUGGAGGAGCCGCUGCUCCAAAAGCACGAGAUCUAUGUCUCCAACUCGCUGCAGGUGACCACCAGCAACAGUAUCCAGCUGGACGAGGACUUCCCCAGCGUCCUAAUCCGCUUCAGCCAGCAGCAGCAGUCCAAGUCCCUCAACAACAUCAGCGAGAUGCUGGGCGGAGGAGGUGGAGGUGGCUCUGGCUCUGGGGCCAGUUCUGGAGCUGCAGCUUUGGAGCCUUCUGGGGAGGAGAUCGCCGACCUGGACGGGAGCACCCUCGAGGAGCAGCAGAUGCGCCAACAGGUCUACUCCUGCUCCAGCAGUAAUCUCUGCCAGCUAAAGGAUCGGGAACGGGGUCUGAUGCGUGGCUCCGGCACCGAGGCAAUGGAGGACGAUGGACGACUCCUGUCCGGGAGUCCCACCAACGAGAGCGAUCUCAACUACCAGAACUCGGAGAUAAGCAUCCGGAGCCAUGGCCUGUACGCCCCCCAGGCGGACAAUGACCUGAAUCUCACCCUGACCGAUGACUUCCGGUGCUAUCAGUCCUCCAAUGCCAGCGAUGCGGAUGUGGAUGUCCUCAAUGAGUUCGAUGAUGAUGAGCGUGUGGCUCCUGGGAGCGAACUACAGGAGGAUCCUACAGAGCAUGACCACCACGAGGACACCUCCAUUGAUGAGCUGUAUGAGGCGAUCAAGUGCCGGAGUCCGUUGAGGAGCAAACAGGAGAUCUCCGAGAGAUUCGAACGGGAGCGUCGGGAAAGAGAAAGAGAAAGGGAGAGGGAGCGAGAGCGAGAGAGAGAGAGGGAGCGAGAAAGGGAGAGGGAACUGACCAUGGAGAAGCCACUGGGCAGCUCCCAUAACGAGAAUCUGAACGAGACGAUCGAGGACGACAGUAGCCAGAGCAGCGUCAUCUCCUACAUCGAUCCCCGGGCAGCACCCAGCUAGUAAUCCCCCGAUCCCCGCCAGAAAUCAUCGAAAUCCCCAUCAUCCCAGCCAUGUCCUCAUGUGUAUAUAGGAAAUAUACAAAAAAGAAGAGUCUUACUAGAACCCACCCGAGAUAUAUAUACACCGAUAUAUCCAUUAUCCUUAGUCCUUAAUCCUUAGUCCUUAAAUCCUAAGAUCCUAAGCCAUCUGAACUUGUAAUUACGCUAAGAACUCCUCCAUCUGGACACCACUCCACUCCUGCCAUCGAUUAUUUAUUACGAACUAGUAUUACUCCGAUCCACUCCAGCCAAGUGGACAGGAAUCACUUCAUCCUUCAGGCCCUGCAGGUCCUGCAGGUCCUUCAAGUCCUGCCCAUCUUCACGAGAAACCCAUGUCCUUUGAUAAGUUUUAACCUUCGACCUUCUGUAAGGCAGAAUGCAUUUAAAAACUAGACUAAGCCUAUAUUUAGAAACAAAUAAAUGAAAUGUUUACUUGAAA